AUGCGUCCACGCCGCGCCGCCGCCGCGGCUGCACGCAUGUUACGCGUUCCGUCCUCCUCGCCGUCCGUCAUUGCCAUCUCCGACUCUGAGAGCGACGCCUUCGUUCCACCAGAUGUUGUGGACAAUGAGGAUGUCGACUUUGAUGGGCAGGCCGCCUCGGCCUCUUCCUCGCUUGUUCCAUCAGACUCGGGUUCGGAUCCAGGAUCAGGUCAAAGGGGGAGGAAACGUAAGCGCGCCGGUCCUCGUCCAAGGCAGGCGGCGGGAAGGGCGAACAGCCGAACGAAUGACGACAUCGAAGACUGCGUCAGGCCGCACGGUUCGGAGUACCAUUCUGUCAACGCCGUAGCUGAGAAACAGCAAAAGCUGCUGGAUUGGUUUGAGGAUGUUCGCGACGCGCGGGGGAUGCCGUGGCGAAAACGGUACGAUGCGGCGGCCACAGCCGAGGAGAAGGGACAGCGGGCGUACGAGAUAUGGGUCUCCGAGGUCAUGCUGCAGCAAACCCAGGUCGCCACCGUCAUCGACUACUGGAACCGCUGGAUGGCCAGAUGGCCGACGAUUGCUGACCUCGCCAAGGCCGACUUGGAGGAAGUGAAUGCUGUCUGGCGCGGACUAGGGUACUACCGCCGUGCCAAGUCGUUGCUCGCUGGUGCGGCUGUGAUCACAGGAAGCGAAGAGUACAACCAACGCCUCCCGUCCGAUCCGUCUGUCCUCGAAAAGAAUGUGCCAGGUGUCGGACGAUAUACAGCUGGCGCGAUUUGCUCAAUGGCGUAUGGGGUGCGGACGCCGAUUGUCGACGGAAACAUCCAUCGUGUUCUGACCCGCCUACUCGGCGUGUACGCCACCCAGACAGCCCCAGCCACCAUCCGCUUCCUGUGGGAUGCGGCAGAGGCGUUGGUUGACGCGCUCCCGCGUAGACUGUCCCUUGGUAUCGCUGGCGACUGGAACCAAGCGCUCAUGGAACUUGGUGCGACGGUUUGCCGGCCAGUACCUGUGUGUGGCGAAUGCCCGUUGCGCGAAGUGUGCAACGCCCACGCUGAGGCUGACAUGGCAAAGCCGCCACCACCGCCCACAGGCGUCGACUGCACCCUUUGCGAGCCUGUGCCUGGCGAGAUGGCCGUGACAGUAUUCCCGAUGAAGAAGAUGAAAAAGGAGAGCCGUGUCGAGCACGAGGCGGUCGUCAUCACAGAGUGGCAAAGCGAGGGUGUGACGAGGUGGCUUUUCCUCAAACGCCCAGAAAAAGGGCUCCUCGCAGGUCUCUUUGAGCCGCCCACCACGGUGGUUCCCGCAACGGGCGCGGUGGAACAACUCGCUGCCGGCUUGACCUUCGUGACAGACCUGGUAGGCGAUAUUGAGGACGCAUUCGAAGAACAUGUGGUCAUCGGACCUAUAACCCACAUCUUCAGCCACAUCAACAUGACGUACCACGUGCAACGUCUUGUGCUGCGUGGCGAACGCCCAGAACCGAAGAAUGGCCAGUGGCUCUCAUUAGAAGAGGUCUCGGACGCGAAUGUCGGCACAGGCGUCAAGAAGUGCUGGGCUAGUGUGUAUGGAGUCUGGGGAGAGGGUGAGGUGGGGACAGUGAAGCUACCUAAACCGAAGAAGGAACUAUCGGCCAAGAGGGUGAGAAAGGAGCCGGUUGUCAAGAAGGUCAAGAAGGACCCUGCGAGGAGGUUAACAGAGGAAGGAGCCCGCGUUUUCAAGAAGGUGUGCAUGCCGGUGAUGCCCAAGAGAGGCGCCUCGGCCAAGGAGGUCAAGGCGGAGGUUGAGGUAGUCGGGUUAGACGACUGA